AUGAAAUCCUUUAUAAUUAAUCCAAGGCAAGAUGAAGAAAUAAGAAAUGACAUAGCAACAGAUAGCUCGACAGUUAACGGUAUAAAUAUUAAUGAUAUAAAUAUAAAUGAUAUAGAAGAAAAUAUAAAAGAUAUAAAUACAGAUAAAGUAAAAAAGAAGGAUGAAAAUAAUUCGAUAGAAUACUAUUUAUUUGAUGUUGAAUCUUAUAAUAAUAAUAAGAAAAAUGAGGAGAAUUUUCUUGAUUUAAGUUCCAUACGUUCAAGUUAUUUAUGUGAUAAUAAAAAGAAAAAAGCAAAAAAAAAAAAAAGCAGCUAUUUAAAAAAACAAUUAAAAAUUUAUAAAAAGAAAUAUAAAAUAUUACCAGAACAUAAUAUAGAUCAAGAUACUAAUUAUGAAGAAUCUGUAAAAAAUGAAAAUAGUAAAGAUUAUAAAAUAUAUGAAUUAAGAGAUAUAAAAGAAGACAAAGAUACUAAUGAUUAUAUAACUUCAAAAACGAAAGAUAUCUAUGGUAUGAAAAAAGAUGUUUAUGUUAAUGUAAUCAAAUUUAUUAUACUCAUAUCCUCUAUAUUUUCCUUCGGAUCCUUCAGUACAACUAUAACAAAAUAUAUAAUCUUUGUUAAAAAAUUUAAUUACACACAAAUAGUAACACUCUUCGAAUUUUUGAUAAUGUAUAUCAUCUUGCGAAUAGUCAUUUUUUUUACAAAAAUGAAAUGCUCAACAAAUUUGACGAGGAAGGAAUAUAUAAAAUAUAUAAUUUCGAUUUCUGCUCUUCUUGGUCUGAGCGUAGUAACAGGAAAUAGUGCUUAUUCAUAUUUGGAAAUUCCCAUAAUAUCUGUUAUUAAAUCUAGUUCUUUAAUAUUAAUUUAUUUCUUGUCUAUUCGCUUUGGCCUUAAGGAGUUCAAAUUAUCUCUGCUGUGCUCAAUACUGACCAUUUUAACUGGUGUUAUUAUGAGCAUAACAAGUUUAAAAAUAGACAGUUUAUUUGGUAUAUUUUUAUUAAUCAUAUCUGUGAUUUCUUCGUCAUUUAAAUGGGUGUUCACCAAUGUACUCUUAAGAUCAACAUCGAUGAAACCCCACAUAAUUCUUUUACACGUAUAUCAAGUUGCUAUGUGUAUUAUAAUUAUUCCGAGUCUUUUCAUUGAUUUAGCUUGCAUGGUUAAAGACUAUAACAAUAAUAUAUUAACCAUGGACAAGAUUUUAACGUCGCUUAUGCUUGUCGGUGUUGGUGCCUUGACUAGUAUAUUUUUAAUUUUAGCCGAAUUUUCCUUGAUAUCAUACACUUCUUCUGUGACAUUAAGUAUUGUGUUUAUUGGAAGAGAGGCCCUCAUUUUAUUGAUUGGAUCGAUAUUUUUCGGCGAAAAAAUUAAUUUAAGCUCCUCUAUAGGAAUAGCCAUAUCCAUGUUCGGUACCAUUUUAUAUGGUUAUGCCUCUAAAUAA